AUGCCUGAACGAAAGUUCGGACUGAUUGGCGACUACGAUAUAUCGCGAAAGUACCACGGUAUCAACAUCCCGAAACAAUGGCAGGCCUGGGAAACAGCACACUUGUUCCGCGUAAAGUCCAUCGCUGAACAGCCUGAAGUGCCUGCGCGACUUAUCUCUUACGGCUGUAACAAUGGCGACCUGGAUGCUCUCAACUGCACAACUACUUGUGCCAACGCGACGCUCAUGUACAGCAAGCCAGAGAACCUGUGGAAUUGCAUGACCCUUGCGACACUCGGUAUGCUGGUUGGUCCCGGAAACGACACGAUCGAUCGGGAAAAUGAGAAGGAGAUGGAUGAUAUCUUCCACUUUGGCACCGUGGAGAAAUUCAACACUCUUAAUGUCUUUACGAAAGUGAGGAGCUGUGCUUGGGCGUCGUGUUCCGACUCGACAUAUGGGCAUUGCACAAGUAGUCUACACGACUUUAAGUGUAAUCCUAUAAAACCUAGCAAUAUCGAAAAGUUUGGAAGAGUCAUGGCCAAGCCUUAUUGUCAAGCUGCCAGUGCAGGUAUUGAUCUGGAUAUCGCAGGACAAGGAAUUGUGACUGCGUAUAUGAUUCAGCUGGUUCUUGUACUCUUUCUUUGUCUCUGCUUCAAACUCGCAACAUCCUGGAUCCGCACGUUCGGUCGCGUAACCACUUCAUUCCAAAAGGGUUCUUCACUACGCGACACGUGCCAACAAAUACAAACGAAAGUGACAAAGACUAAAUUUGCCAAUGCUGCAUCUUCUGCUAUGCGCGACUUUCAAGAGUCCCAAGCCCUUUUCGCCGCCACAGUCUCCAUUACAGCCAUCAUCACUUUUGACGGUGGUAACAAAGCUGGCCUGGCAAACAUGCUCACUCUGUUCUCCUGGAUGUUCAACCAUCGUAUCCUUCAGGGUCUUAUCACAGCGGGUAUGUAUCCCGUCCUGAUGGCGCAGUUGGUCAUGCAUCGAGCUGGAGAGCGUCGCUUCUACACACUAUUCUUCGUUGUACUCUCAUGGAUAUUCAUGACUAUCAUCACCGAAUUUCAAGACUUCAACGCCGAUGCUUUUGAGCAGCACCUUAAGCAAGUUUCCGCAGUGGAAGCUUGUGGAAAUAUGCCUGGCCCGAUGAGCUUCUGCCAGGGUAUCAAAGAGAAGAAAAGUUACGAGUUCUUUGCGACGACCUUGGCAUGUAGAUAUGUUGUUCAUGUCAUUAUGUCUUGUCUUAUCAUCGACUACAUCUUCUACUUUAUCAAGACACGUUUCUCUAAAGAUGAGGUCAAGUACACACAACUUGGUGGAGCUGCGCCUUCAUUCCUUUCAUUCACAGAGACGAGAGGCGCCAGACGCGGGUUGGGUAUCUUCUGGGCUAUGGUGAAAGUCCUAACCGUAGCCAUGAUCUUCGUCAGUCUGCAUGAGAUGGUACAGUUACUUGAUAUGCAUACAGAAGAAGGUGGACUUUCCAAUUGGGGCUUUGGUCAACUUGUUGCUGUUGCUAUCUGGUUCCCUGUGGUUAUCAAGUUCCUAUGCUUGAAUAUUGAAAAGAAGUAA